GGGCUCCUCCUUCCCCGCUCUUCUCAGCGGUCCCCCGCCCCUUCCCUCGGCCUCCUCCUCUCUAGCCUGCAGCUGAGCGUCCCCUCCCCCCACCCGUCGGACUCCUCGGAGGCUACCGCAGAGGAUCCAGAGCCGAGUUGCUGAGGAGGAGGAGGCUCCCGGUCCCUGCGCGCCAUCCGCCACCUUACUGGACACGGGCGAAGGAGCGAGAGCGUCGCCUCUGUAGCCCCCGGAGAAGACAAGGGCAUCGCCGUCUGCGCUGCCGCCGUUUUCGCCUUCAGCGGCUCGCCGGUGCUAGGUGGAUGGAUUGUCAUUAACUCUGAGACAGUCAGUACAGGAUGGAAGAACAGGCUUGGAGAAAGAUAGAUCUUCAGUCUUCUACAAUGAACCCUGUUUAUAGCCCCGUUCAGCCUGGGGCUCCUUACGGCAACCCUAAGAACAUGGCCUACACAGGUUACCCCACAGCCUACCCGGCAGCGGCCCCUGCCUACAAUCCCAGCCUGUACCCCACCAAUAGCCCCAGUUAUGCUCCAGAGUUUCAGUUCCUGCAUUCAGCUUAUGCAACUCUGCUGAUGAAACAGGCCUGGCCACAGAACUCAUCUUCCUGUGGCACUGAAGGCACCUUCCACCUCCCAGUGGACACCGGGACCGAGAACCGAACUUACCAAGCAUCCUCUGCGGCUUUCAGAUAUACUGCGGGGACACCAUACAAGGUCCCUCCGACCCAGAGUAAUACUGCUCCGCCCCCCUACUCCCCAUCACCCAACCCCUAUCAGACGGCCAUGUAUCCAAUCAGAAGUGCCUACCCCCAGCAGAAUCUGUAUGCCCAGGGAGCCUACUACACACAGCCGGUGUAUGCUGCCCAGCCCCACGUCAUCCACCACACCACGGUUGUCCAGCCCAACAGCAUUCCCUCUGCCAUCUACCCGGCACCUGUUGCUGCCCCCAGGACCAACGGCGUGGCCAUGGGCAUGGUGGCUGGCACCACCAUGGCAAUGUCAGCAGGUACCCUGCUGACUGCACCCCAGCAUACCGCGAUUGGGGCACACCCUGUCUCCAUGCCAACGUACAGGGCCCAGGGUACCCCUGCGUACAGCUAUGUGCCCCCGCACUGGUAAAGCCUGCAGCCCACCCAAAUCUGGAGUCACACAUUGUAUGCAACUACUCAAGUCUUACCCAGGUGCUGGAGCCGUUCCCUAGCAGCACCACCUCUAUUUGCAAGAAGAGACAACAGAAGUGCAAGGGUCACUUUAUGCAUCUUUAACGGUUUUGGUUUUUAAUUUUGGUUUUUGUAAAAGCUGCUUUUUCUAAUCUCCUGCCUCUCCUCACUGUCCCCCUCUCAGCUGCUGCCCUUCCAACUCUACCGCCUCAUCGUACCUGACCAGGCACAUCCUCUCUGUUCUUUCCUUCCCCAGAGACCCCAGUCUAGUGGCAGGCAGAGAGGGGUUUACUGCAAUGGUUCAGCUUCUUUUGAAGAGCAUAAAAGAUGUAGCCCUCGGGUGCAGGGUAGGACCUCAGAGCUGUGUUGAGCAGACCAUGUCUUGAGGGGAUUGUUUCUGUUUCUUUUUGACUUUUCUUAAGCAAGAUUAGUUUAGGACAUUACCAUAUCCUGACACAACUGAACAGUCUUAUGAGAACCAUUGCAAUAGACCACGAACAAAACCGCCUGAUUAGGUAGAAGCACUCAUAGCAUAAUACCCAGGUGAGAACCUGGGAAAACAGAUUCUUUCUUUGGGAGAGCUUGGUGGGGGGACAGGGCAGGGGGAGGCACUGUGGGAAGGAAGAGGGGAGAGAGGUUUUUGCCUGCUGGCUUUGGUUUGUAGGGUCUCUGGCCAAAUUGUCUGGCCCUUGACCCUCUGAUUUGCACAGUGAUGCUAACUGGCCUGGCACUUCUUUAGAAGGUAAUUUUUGACCUCAGACCUGCCAAGCAACUGCAGGGUAGUGGGAUCCCAGCCUCCCAAAGCCUUGGAAGGCCAGUGUAAUCCAGACAUUGGCCUCUGAGCCCUCAUGGACCUACUCUGAUGAGGAGGUUACUCCUGAUUGGAGUGGAGCCCUAGGGCAUUUCCCUCCCCUCUGCCUUUCCCAGGGCCAGGGCCCACCCAUCUGUCCACGGGGCUGGCAGGCCGGCCAAGCUCAUGGUUAUUACCUUGUGCCAUUCAUGGCCAAAGUGAAGGAACCACAUUCCAGGUGGGUGCUGGCAGCUCUGAAAGUCAGGAUAGUGAAGGAAAAAUAAUAGCAAUAAACAUUUCAUAGACUCAUGGAACUGAAGGGACCUUAGCAAUCAUCUCAUCCAUUCCCCCAUCUGACAGAUAAGGAAGCUGAGGCCCAGAGAAGAAAGGACCUCCCUAGGACUCGCAGCAAAUUAGCAUUCGAUGUGGCCUUCCUACCUAAGGACAUGUUGUCCACAAAAAUUUACCUAGGGAUGGAUUGGCUUGGUUUUUUAAAAAUAAAGUCAGCAGCUCCGACACCUGGUGAGCUCUGGAACAGC